UUUUUUUUUUUUUUUUUCUUUUUUUUUUCCCCCUAUUUUUUUUCCAUUAUUUUAUUUUACCAGCUCAAAUUUAGCCCAGGAUCUUUUAACUGCUGCCAGCGGUGGAGCACAGAUCGGGAUUAGAUAUUUUCCUCCCCUGUUCCGAAGAUCCUCCUCCUGAGCGGCCACCAUGGGAAGUAAAACCCUGCCAGCGCCAGUGCCCAUCCAUCCUUCCCUGCAGCUCACCAACUACUCCUUCCUGCAAGCAUUCAACGGGCUGCCCGCCGUGCCCUCCGACCACCUCUCCAACCUCUACGGCUUCAGUGCCCUGCACGCCGUGCACCUGCACCAGUGGACUCUGGGCUACCCGGCCAUGCAUCUGCCCCGCUCCUCCUUCUCCAAAGUGCCCGGCGUCUCCAGCCUGGUGGAUGCACGGUUCCAGCUGCCCACCUUCCCACUCUUCCCACAUGUCAUCCAGCCCAAGCAAGAGGCUGCCAACAUGACCCUCAAAGCCAAACCCCGCUUUGACUUUGCCAACUUAGCGGUGGCUGCCACGCAAGAGGACCACUCUAAACUGGGACAGGCAGACAGUCAGGGCUCACCAGCAGGGCUGGGGUCUUUGCUUGAGGUGACUAAACUCUCUCCAGAAAAGAAACCCACGCGGGGAAGGUUACCGUCCAAAACCAAGAAGGAGUUUGUGUGUAAAUUCUGUGGCAGGCACUUCACCAAGUCCUACAACCUUUUGAUCCAUGAAAGAACCCACACCGACGAACGGCCCUACACAUGUGAUAUUUGUCACAAGGCUUUCAGAAGACAGGAUCACCUGAGGGAUCACAGAUAUAUCCAUUCUAAAGAAAAGCCUUUUAAGUGUCAAGAAUGCGGGAAAGGAUUUUGCCAGUCCAGAACACUAGCGGUCCACAAGACACUGCACACGCAAGUAAAGGAACUGAAACCUGCCAAACUUAAGUGUUGA